UAAUGAAAGUUUAAGAUGCUUCUGAGAAAUAAGCCAAACCAAUUGAUUCACGAUUGAUGAAUGGACCAUUAUAAGAUCGUCAUUGUACUGAUAUCAUAUGUUGUUUAUUAUUUAUAGCAUCAUUCAUAUUCAUGUGGUAAGUUAUUAUUUUAUAACCUAAGGUAUAUUGCUAUAACAGGAUAUUCUUUAGGGAAACCAGAAAGAAUAUUGGCAGCUUAUGAUUCUGAUGGUACUUUUAAUCUAUUAUAUUUAGGUAAUGCAUGUGACUUGGAUUUACCAGAUUAUCCAUUAUUAUACUUUCCUAUCAUUCAUCCUGAUUACUAUAAUAAAACUGUUUGUGUAGAAAGAUGUCCAGCAAAUACAUCAGAUACUGUUAAAUGUUAAACAAAUAAAAAUAUCACAUCAUGUCCUAGAGAUUGUACAAAGGUUUCAGUUGAUACAUCUACUACUUUUGAUUUCACUUCCAUAGAUUCUAUGAAGAACUAUGUAGACACAAUAACAAGUUCAGUCAGUAAACCUGAAAAUUGGAUUUGUCUAUAUGGAAGUGAACCUAUUUUUUCAAGAGCAUGUUUUCCAAGUACUGCUUUAGAAAUUUUAAAUCAAACUUCUAAUUUUAGUUCCUCCAUAGAUUUAAAUAGAUUAACAUCUUGGUUAUAUGAUCUUUCUAUUGCAAAAUAUAUAAUUCUAGCAUCUUUUUUUAUAGCUUUUGGUUUAGGGUAAAAAUAAAUAAAAUAUAAUAGAUUAAUUUAUAUGAUUAUUUUAAGAUUUUUAGGAGGUUUAUUUGUAUGGUUAACAAUUUUACUUUACUUUGUCGGAAUUUCAGUUUUGGCAGGUUAUACUUGGGAUUAACAUUUAUAUUAUUUAAAGUAUAUAGAUUAUUAUUAUAUAUAUUUUAGUGAUUCUUAAUAAUCAGCCUCAGCAGGAUCUACAAAUGCCUCUGACAAUGCCAAAGCUUUAGAAUAUUUGUUUUAUAUUGAAAUAGCAUGGAUUGCUUUUUCUAUUCUUGUUUUUAUUUGCAUUUUCAAUAAAAUUAGAUUGGCAAUAGGAGUUGUAAAGACAGCUACUUUAUAUGUGAGAGAUAACUUUUCAGUUAUGAUAGUACCUCCAGUAAUUGGAAUUUGUUUAGGAGUAUUAUGGGUUUGGUGGAUAGUAUCAGUUGUGUAAUAUAUAUAAUUAAUUCAUAAGUUAUAUUGUUGGUCUUGGAAACAUCAAAGGAGAUGGUAGUACUCCUUUUGCCACUGUUACUUUUGACAAUACUACUAGAAAUAUGGUUUAUUACUUUAUGUUUGGUGGAUUAUGGAAACAAGCAUUUUUAUUGGCUCUGAAUCAAUUUAUAAUUGGUUGUUCAGUUUGCAUAUGGUAUUUUAAUUAAGGACCAGGUUAAUCUUAUACUGGAAAUUUAUUCUAAAGUAUUUAUUGGGCAUUUCGUUAUCAUCUUGGAUCUUUAGCAUUUGGUUCUUUCAUAUUAGCAGUUGUUUAAUUUAUUAGAUUGAUGUUGGAAUAUGCUAAAUAUCAAGCAAAAUAGAUGUCAGGAGAUAAUAAAUGUACUAAAUGUAUAUUAGAUUGUCUAUCUUGUUUGGUGGCUUGUUUUGAAAGAUUUAUAGAAUUUCUCAAUAAAAAUGCUUACAUUCAAAUAGCAUUGACUAGCAAGAGUUUUUGUCCAGCUGCUAAAGAUGCUUUUGAAUCAAUAUGGGCUAAUACUAUGAGAUAUAGUCUAGUUUCUGGUAUUGGUUCUAUUUUUACAUUUGUAAAAUAUAUAUUAUAUAUAUAGAUUGGUAAAUUAUUUGUGGGUUUUGCUACAGUUUUAUUUGCAUAUGAAAUCUUUAUUCAUGCAGAACCAUAUAAAACAGAUCUAGCAUCUCCAAUUGUACCAUCUAUUGUAUGCUUUAUUAUUGCUUAUAUGGUGGCUAUACUAUUUAUGAGUAUCUAUUAAAUGGCAUGUGAUGCUGUUUUGACUUGUUUUAUUUAUGAUGAAGAAUUAAAUAAGUAGAAUGGUGGAAUGUCAGCUUAACAUUGUCCAGAAACACUAAGAGAAUGGUUUGAUAGUACUUAAUCAUCAUGA